GCCUUCCAAAAACUGUAUAAUCUGAUUUUAUGGGAGUGAAGGUCGAAAAUUUCGACUUCAUUUCUCUUUUCCCCCUCUCUCUCACUCUCUUUCCAUAAUCAAGUCUUUCAUUGGUUGAAGUGUGGUCAGCUGACCCAGUCAUCUCUGUCCAUCUUAGUAAGGAUGCUUUGAAAACACGUUGAGCUGCGCGCGUGCAGUCUUUCAUUGGUGUCCCGAAAUAAAUUAGACGUCAUACAGCAGUGGCAUUAGAGAGAAAAAAACUGAAACAAAUAAAGACUGCGAAAAAGAAGAAAAGAAAGAAAAAGCGUGAGUGAGGGAGGAAAAGAAGUAGGGAGGGAGUAAAAUAGAGAAAGCGAGAUCAGAGAAAGUAGGAGAGGGAGGGAAAGAGAAGAAGAGAGGUUUGGAGUGAGAGAGAGAGUGGGUGAGUGAGUGAGAGUGGACGGUAUGAAUUCCUAUUUCACCAACUCGUCCCUCUCGUGCCACUUAACCGGAGCUCACGAGGUUUUGCCCAACGUGGCCCUGUCCAACUCGAGCACCUACGACCCUGUGGUCCGCCAUUUCCCGUCGUCCUAUGGCGCCGCUAACCGGAUGUACCGCGCGCCCUUCUACCCGCCGCAGGAAGACGUGAUGUUCGGCGCAAGCCGCGCACCGUACGACUACGGAUCUAAUGCGUUUUACUCGGACAAAGACGCGAUUUCCGGUUGCAGACAAAGCUUCGCGCAGGACUUCACAACUUCACCGUCUUUAGAGCAAUGCAGAAGCGCGUGCCAGGAGCCAAAAAGCAGCAGUAUACAGAUUUAUCCCUGGAUGCAAAGGAUGAACUCGCACAGUGGUGUUGGUUAUGGGACUGACAGGCGCAGAGGUCGUCAGAUUUAUUCUCGAUACCAAACACUGGAGCUGGAGAAAGAGUUUCACUACAACCGAUAUUUAACACGGAGAAGAAGAAUCGAGAUUGCCAACACGCUGUGUUUAACAGAGCGACAAAUUAAAAUCUGGUUUCAGAACCGCAGGAUGAAAUGGAAAAAAGAGAACAAUCUGACCUCCACUCUAAACGAACAGGAAACACGGAAAGAGGUUACAGAAGAAUCCACUAAUGACACUAAGGAGUAGAUUUUUUUUGCAUCAGGCACGUUGUAUGUACAUGAAACUACCUAAAAACCCAUGUGCCAUAAUUAUGUGUGAUAUUUCAUACAUAUAUGUAUAUUGAACAAUAUGGUUAGAAAACUACCUAUCAAUCAAACUACCUGUUGAAUUUUGCUUCACAAACUGUUAUGCGUAUAUAUAUACUUCACGUAUUCGUCAUAUAUAUAAGUACGGCUAUAUAAAACUAGCAGUUAAGAUUACCGAACGAAAUUUGUUACGGAUUCAAAUUAGAAGGGAACCUGACUAAUUAUUUGGAUUCAUAAUUAUGUAUACAUUUGCAUAUAUGGAAAUUAUGUUUAUAUGAAAUUACCUUUCCUUAGUUAUUAAAUUCUAUUAGACAAAAAAAUAUUGGACUGUAAUGAUGUGCCUCUUACAUGAAUACAAGGACAUUUUUGGUUAUACGGAACUGGUAUAAUUUUUAAAUAAACAUCAACAUGUAUCCACAAA